AUGAGUCGGAGAGAGGAUGGGUUGUCCAGGGAAGAACAAAUAGUUGAACAUGGCAAGACCACAGAAAGCUCAAGAAGAGGCCAGGUGGCACAUGCCUGCCGCGAGGCGCCACAGAAUCGGUGGCCUGGACGCCUCCGGCUUCGGCCUGAACCGCGAAGGAAAGUGCGGGCGGGCGCGGUGGCGCUAGCGCCACGGGUCCCAAAGGCGCGCUCCCGCGUGCUCCCGAGGGCGCGGUGGCUGUGUGGCCCGGUGCCGCGCACACUCCGGAUCUGCCGACGAUCCCAAAAGCAGAAGAAAGGAUUGAGUGCAGAAGAAAAGAGAACCCGCAUGAUGGAAAUAUUUUUUGAGACAAAAGAUGUGUUUCAAUUGAAAGACUUGGAGAAGAUUGCUCCCAAAGAGAAAGGCAUUACUGCUAUGUCAGUAAAAGAAGUCCUUCAAAGCUUAGUUGAUGAUGGUAUGGUUGACUGUGAGAGGAUUGGAACUUCUAAUUACUAUUGGGCUUUUCCAAGUAAAGCUCUUCAUGCAAGAAAACGUAAGCUGGAGAUUCUGGAAUCUCAGUGGUCUGAGGGAAGCCAAAAGCAGGCAAACCUACAGAAGAGCAUUGAGAAGGCUAAAAUUGGCCGACAUGAGACGGAAGAGCGAACCAUGCUAGUAAAAGAGCUUUCUACUCUUCGGAACCAAAGGGAACAGCUUAAGGCAGAAGUAGAAAAAUACAAAGAAUGUGACCCACAAGUUGUAGAAGAAAUACGUCAAGCAAAUAAAAUUGCCAAAGAAGCUGCUAACAGAUGGACUGAUAAUAUAUUUGCACUAAAAUCCUGGGCCAAAAGAAAAUUUGCAUUUGAAGAAAAUAAAAUUGAUAAAACUUUUGGAAUUCCAGAAGACUUUGAUUACAUAGACUAAAAUGUUCAAUGGUUGUAGAGGAUCUAUGAGCUUGUAAAUAUGUAAAUUUUAAAAUAUUUUUCAACUAACUAUACUGAAUUUUCAUUUAUUGUAACUAUCAUUUUAUUAUUUUUAAAUAAAAUGUGAAA